AUGAAGCUGUUCAAUUGUCUUCACCGCACAAGAAACAUACGGAAUCAAACUAUGCUUACAACGCAAACAGUAAAGUUCACGCGCUGCCUCGCCGUUGCAGCUAGCAGGCGACCGUUCUCUACGACCCUGCCUUUGAGGCACAAGGAGUCAUCUGGUGAGAAUGAGAAUGUCGAACAGCACAAACAUGACUUGUUACAGAAACAUGGUCAAGGAAGGGGCGAGUGGAAGCCUGAGCUGGCUUCUGACAGUGAGGAAGCAGUAAGGGCAGACAAGGGAAAACAAAGUAUAAAGGAGAUGCAAGAACAAUAUACAGGGAAAAAGUAG